GAAGAGGAAGAAGAUAGCGGAAGAGGAGAGGCGUAAAGAGGUUCCCAGACGAAGAGAUACAUACUGAGGGAGGUUCUCUGAUCAAAGUUAGAAGACGGCUGUAAAAUGAAAGUCCAGCUGGAGUUUGUCAUGGGGUUAUUACUGUGGCCCCUCUUAGCACACGCACUCCACUUCUACUCGAGCAACCAAAGGAGCCACUGCUUCUACGAGGAAUUGCCACAGGGCUCUUUGGUUGUCGCACAGUACCACGCGGUGGUGAAGAAGCCCCAAGCGGAGACGUACGAGUUUGACCCGAACUUGAACUUAGAGUUCACGGUUGAAGAAACCUUCGACAAUAAUCACAGGGUUGUCAGUCAGAGAAGCUCUCCACAUGGGAAGUUCACCUUCUCUGCACUUGAUAGUGGAGAGCACAGGGUAUGCAUUACCCCAUCGCAUUUAGAUCAUAGAGUGGACAUCCGUAUAACCUUUGACGUUGUGCAAGUUGGGAGCGAGGUGAUCGAUUCUCACAAACGUGACACUGUAUCACUAUUGACAAACCAGGUCAAGGAGUUGAACAACAAGCUUCAAGAUAUAAAGAAAGAGCAGCAUUUAAUCAUGGAUAGAGAAGAGCAAUUUAGAGACGAGAGUGAAUUGGUCAACUGGUCUGUGAUUAAGUGGUCUCUGGUUCAGCUCGGCGUGCUUGGCUUAACUUGUGUUUGGCAGCUCGGUCACUUAAAGAGGUUCUUUAUCAAGCGGAAAAUCGUUUAAUAAUGAUAAUAAUGAAUUUAACAAUUUAUUGAUCCUAC